AUGGCCGGCCAGCGGCAACCCGUCGGGCACGCCGGAACGUCGACCUCCUGGCAUCGGCCGGUGUCCACCGCCGACGCUGACACCUACGGCAGCUCGUCGACCCUGUCGGCCGAGACGGCGACUGGUUCAUACGUGCUCACGGUCGCGGACUACUCCGGUGACAAGGAACUAGACGCCGCCGGUUGGGCCCUCCCGUCAAAUAAGUUCACCGCCGGAGGGUGCUCCUGGCGCAUCACGUACUCCCAUGACCAUGAGGAUUGGAUACGCUUCUGGCGCUGUCUUGAAGAACCACCCGUCGCCGGUGGCACAGAUCUCGAUGAUGCCAUGGUCCGAACCAUGUACAGCUUGGUUGACCAGGCCGGGCAGCCAGUGCCGUCUUCGUUAAGGAAAGAAACUGAACGUGCCUUGUCAACCAUGAAAUCCAUGCGCUACACGCAGUUCAUGAAAAGGAAGAGAUUCGAGUCCUACUAUCUGAAAGACAAUAGAUUCAGCGUGAGAUGCGAUGUCACGCUGGUCAGAAGGACGUGCAGACUGUCCGGAGUAAUGGCGCCGCCGGACCUGCGCCGGCAUCUUGGGGAACUCCUCGCCAGCGGGGUUGGGGCGGACGUGACGCUCGAGGUGGGUGGGGAGGCGUUUGCCGCGCACUCGAGCGUGCUCGCCGCGCGGUCGGCGGUGUUCCAGGCGGAGCUGUUCGGCGGACCGCCAGACAAGGAGGAUGCGUCAGCGGUGUGCCCGGACGUCCGAACGUGUAGACGCUUGCGCCUGCUCCGCCCUAGUCUCUUGGAAUCACGAGCCGUCUGCGCCAGCUCCGCUUCCCGCACCGGUGUUCAGACUGCUCCGAUGCCCACGCUGCCCGGAUGA